UAAGGACAGAAUCCACUGUGUGGUGUAUGUGAUAGACAGCUCAACAUUAGGAAUUAUGGCUACAGAAAUGAAGAAGAAAGUUGAUGAAAUCCGAAAGAAAACUAGUUUUCAAGAUGUGCCUCUAUUGGUGCUACUGACCCAUGUGGACAGAGCGUGCCCGCAUGUGGAAAAGGACUUGAAGAAGGUGUAUCACAGCUGCUACAUAAAGGAUAUGAUCAACAGAGCUAGCGGGUGUCUGGGCAUCCGACCAUCAAAUGUGAUUCCAGUGAAGAAUUACCAUGAUGAGAGUGAGCUGAAUAAUACCUGUGACAUCCUGCUCCUCAAGGCCAUGAAGCAGAUGCUGGACUUUGCUGACAAUUACUUUGACAACUGUCAGAAAGUUGGUGUUGGGAAAAUGGGAAGUGGGAGCAGUACCCCAGUGACAGAGGAGAACAAACCAGAGCUCCUUGGUAAAGCUUGGAGGGAUGUUGUGUGGGACCACAGCACACGAACUGAUCUCAAGCAAUACCUGCAAGAUUACAAGCCCACUAUUGAUUCAGUGCCUCAGGCUCGGAUUCUUCUAAUUGGUCAGAUUACAGCUGGAAAAUCAAGCUUCUUCAACUCCAUCAACUCUAUCUUCCGUGGCAACAUUACAAGCCAAGCUGCAGUAGGAGAAAUGAAAACCAGCCUGACCUUGAAGUAUCACACUUACCAGGUGAAAGCGGGCCGAAGCGGACAGCCUCUGGGAUUCCUACUGUGUGACACCAUGGGACUGGAAGCAAGGGAGGAUGGAGGGGUGAGAACUGAAGAUAUUGAGAGCAUCCUGAAGGGCUACGUUCCAGACAAGUACCAGUUCAACCCUGUGCAGCCAAUGAAAGCUGAUAACUCUCAGGCAUGGAGCACAUUGGCUCUUAAGGACAGGAUCCACUGUGUGGUGUAUGUGAUAGAUGCCUCCACAACUGGAAUUGUGGACCAAGGAAUGAAGAAUAAAAUUGAUGAAAUCAGAAAGAGAACUAACUCGGCAGAGGUCCCUCUAUUGGUGCUACUGACCCAUGUGGACAAAGCGUGCCCACAUGUGGCAAAGGACUUGAAGAAGGUGUAUCACAGCUGCUACAUAAAGGAUAUGAUCUACAGAGCUAGCGAGUGUCUUGGCAUCCUACCAUCAAAUGUGAUUCCAGUGAAGAAUUACCAUGAUGAGAGUGAGCUGAAUAAUACCUGUGACAUCCUGCUCCUCAAGGCCAUGAAGCAGAUGCUGGACUUUGCUGACAAUUACUUUGACAACUGUCAGAAAGUUGGUGUUGGGAAAAUGGGAAGUGGGAGCAGUACCCCAGUGACAGAGGAGAACAAACCAGAGCUCCUUGGUAAAGCUUGGAGGGAUGUUGUGUGGGACCACAGCACACAAACUGAUCUCAUGCAAUACCUGCAAGAUUACAAGCCCACUAUUGAUUCAGUGCCUCAGGCUCGGAUUCUUCUAACUGGUCAGAUUAAAGCUGGAAAAUCAAGCUUCUUCAACUCCAUCAACUCUAUCUUCCGUGGCAACAUUACAAGCCAAGCUGGAGUAGGAGAAAUGAAAACCAGCCUGACCUUGAAGUAUCGCACUUACCAGGUGAAAGCGGGCCGAGGCGGACAGCCUCUGGGAUUCCUACUGUGUGACACCAUGGGACUGGAAGCAAGGGAGGAUGGAGGGGUGAGAACUGAAGAUAUUGAGAGCAUCCUGAAGGGCCACGUUCCAGACAAGUACCAGUUCAACCCUGUGCGGCCAAUGAAAGCUGAUAACUGUCAGGCAUGGAGCACAUUGGCUCUUAAGGACAGGAUCCACUGUGUGGUGUAUGUGAUAGACGCCUCCACAAUUGCAGUUGUGGACCAAGAAAUGAAGAAUAAAAUUAAUGAAAUCAGAAAGAGAACUAACUCAGCAGACGUACCUCUAUUGGUGCUACUGACCAAGGUGGACAGAGCGUGCCCACAUGUGGCAAAGGACCUGAAGAAGGUGUAUCACAGCUGCUACAUAAAGGAUAUGAUCUACAGAGCUAGCGAGUGUCUGGGCAUCCUACCAUCAAAUGUGAUUCCAGUGAAGAAUUACCAUGAUGAGAGUCAGCUGAAUGACACCUGUGACAUCCUGCUCCUCAAGGCCAUGAAGCAGAUGCUGGACUUUGCUGACAAUUACUUUGACAACUGUGAGGAAAACACAGAAUUGAUCAUACUGAGAGGUUUUGCCGUUGCCUCAAUCUGUCCAUGUUCCUGUGUUUUACGCCACAGAUCACCCCAAAUUUGA